UUAUAUCUGAUGUCUUAAUAAUUACUAUCUACCUAAAGCGAUACCAAUCGUCGAUCGCUGCAGAUACAGCACUAUUGCCAGCAUUAUCGAGCAAUGUAAAAUUCCAGUCAAGUGCGAGUCAGACGAACGCACCAAGGGUUCCGUAGUUCCGUACCUUGGCAAGAAACUUUGAACUAUGUACAUUGCACAUACUUAAUUGGCUUAGUUAUUAUUCGACCGCUUCAAAAAAAGGAUCGAUAUUAUUUCGGGCAGCACAAUAUGAGAAGGUAUAAGUUUAGGAUUAUUUUUAAAGCCGAUUUCAAAAAAAUUGCACUGUAGAGACAUGACAUCAAAACUCUAACAAAUCUUUAGCUUUCUAAACUCCGGAGUAGAAUUUUUUAACAUUUUUCGUGAUCACUCAAAAACUAAGUAGGUAUAUACGGUACCAAAGGAUUAAAUAUGUAACUCUCUUUACCUCACUCGAUCUUCGACUUAAUCAAUAUUAUUAUAAAAUUUCAACGCAGUCGCACCAUGGGCACACCAUGAGGGUUCCUUUUUUACCAUUUUGGCACGGAUCCCUAAAAAUUAAGUACUUUUCAGUUUAUCUACAAUGUAUAAAGUAUAAAUAAGGGGGCACUUCAGCGAUUUUCACAUUGUGGCAUUAUAGACCGCAUAAUGUGGUCGACAAUCGUGGGUGUGGUGGCGCUUGCCUCCGUGGCUUCAGCUUGCAGGGUAACUGUGACCACAGUUAGUGGCACUCAUGCGCCGGCUCGCGUCUGUGGUGGGGACCUGAUAUUUUCGGAUGAAUUCAAUGAAUUCGACCUGGAGAAGUGGCAACAUGAGCUCACCUUAGCUGGUGGCGGUAAUUGGGAAUUCCAAUACUACGACAACAAUCGUACGAACUCUUUCACGGAAGACGGAGUUUUAUUCAUUCGCCCCUCUCUGACUGCUGAUCAGUUCAGCCCUGUGUUCCUCAGGAGUGGUCGCCUCAACAUCGAGGGUGGCCAGCCUGCUGACAGAUGUACCAACCCCCAGUGGUACGGGUGUGAACGUCAGGGUACUCCCAGUAACAUAAUCAACCCAAUUAAAAGCGCACGCAUCCGUACCGUCCAGUCCUUCAACUUCCGGUAUGGACGCGUUGAGAUACGCGCUAAAAUGCCUGCAGGAGAUUGGUUAUGGCCAGCGCUCUGGUUCAUGCCAACCGCCAACGCUUACGGAUCAUGGCCAUCUUCAGGCGAGAUCGAUCUCACAGAAUCCCGCGGAAAUCGCAAUAUGUUGAGUAACGGUGUCCACAUUGGCACUCAGGAAGCCGGCUCAACUCUGCAUUUUGGUCCCUACCCUGAUCUGAACGCCUGGGAUAGAGCACAUUGGAUCCGAAGAAACCCUACUGGCUGGGACCGUAACUUCCACAAUUACCAACUCGAAUGGACUCCAGACUUCUUAAGAUUCAGCAUCGAUAACAUUGAAUUAGGAAGGAUAGCUCCUCCAAGUGGUGGCUUCUGGCAGUUAGGUGAUUUUGCCAGAAACCGCAAUAUUCUUAACCCUUGGCGCUCCGGCAGCAAAAUGGCUCCAUUCGAUCAAAAGUUCUUCUUAAUUAUGAAUGUGGCCGUUGGUGGCACUAACGGCUUUUUCCCUGAUGGAGUUCAAAAUCCACAACCAAAACCUUGGCGCAAUACUUCGCCAACGGCCGCCGCUGAUUUCUGGAACGCUCAAAACAGCUGGCUGCCAACCUGGCAGCUGAACCAAAACAACGGAAGAGAUGCCUCACUCCAAGUCGACUACGUGCGCAUUUGGGCUUUGUAAAUGUUCUUUCGUGAUUUAUUUUUUAAAGAUUUCGUGGCAGUAAAAUUAUA